GUGUGGGAUGACCCCUGACCAAUAGCAGCCACACAUGUCUGAGAAGGUGACCAAAGUCUUAACUAACUUGGGGAAAUCUUUAGCCACUACUCUUCAAAUAGUUUUUUCUACCCCAUUCUCUCUCCUUUAUCCUUCUGGAUCUCCAGUUACAAGUACCUUAGACUUUUUGAUAUUUACCCUUAGGUUCUCUUCCUACCCUCACCUACCUGACCCCACCCCACCCUCAGUCAUUUUUUUAUUCUCCAUCCCUUGGGUGUGAAUAAUUUCUAUUGCUUUGUCUUCGAGUUUACCGACUAUUCUGUCAUUUCCAAUAUAUGGGGAAUCCACCCAGUGAAUUUAUCUCAGACAUUUAUUUUUCACUUUUUGAAGUUAUGUUUGGUUCUGUUUUUUAAAAGAAUAUAGUUUCUGGCUUUUUGGUUUUUUGGGGUUUCAGGGGAGUGGUUUUUUGCUGAAAUCCAAGCAUGUGUGUCCUUACAUCUUUAAGCAUAGUUAAAAUAGCUGCUUUAAAAUCCUUAUGUGCUAAUUCUAGCACCUGGGUCAUCUUGGGCUUGGUCUCCCUUGGUUGCCCUUUCUCUUGAGUAUGGGUCAGUUUUUCCUGUUUCUUAUGAAUGGCAUGUAGAGACUCUGGAUUCUAUUGUGUGCCUUCAGUAGUGAGUAUUGAUGUUUGGUUGGUUUCCUUCCUUGCUUGCUUGCUUUAGGAGGCAGUUAACUUGGCUGAACUCCCAGCUUCAAACUCUGAAAUCUCAGUUAUUUUAGCUUUGGCUGGGCUGCUUGGAAUCUCACAUGUGUGUAGUUUGGGGAUCAGAGAUGUGUGCAGAAUUUAUACAUAGGAUUUGGUGCUUCUCUCCUUGCUGUGAUUUACUUACUAGGUUUUCAGCUGUUGUGGGUAUGCCAGAGUCUACCCUUUGGUUCAUUAAGCUGGUACGGCUGUAGGUUUUCUGUCUAGGUUUUAGCCACCCGAACCAGCCGAGGCCUGCUCUCUGGCUAAACGCCACUAAAAAAAAUGGAAAAUCACCCCAUGCUGUUAACCUUCUAAGUACUGACUCCUUCUCCUCCCCACCAUCUCUAUUACUGGUUAUGCCUUCUGCUUUCAUGUAGUUGUUUUUAUACUCUGUCUAGUGUUUAUAGUGUUUAUGAAAGAAAUGAUCUAGUAGGAGCCAUUCAGCCAUUACAGGAAAUGAAAUCCCUGAAACACAGUUGUACAUAUGAAAAAUUUUGUUGUUUGUGUACUUGAUGGUCUUUAUUAGAAAAGCAAGUGUGAUAAGAUUUUUUCAAAGAAUUUGGGAACUUUAUGUUUUAAUAAUGGGAUAAGUUGAAAUUUAUUUUCAUGAUUCAUCCUCUUCUAAUAAAGGUGGUCCUGAAUUAGACUGAAAAUUCAUUUAUUUGCCUCUCCCUCAAAUUGUGCAAAAAUUUCCAAAUCUAGAUCAUUUGAAAAGUGUUUUAGAAGCAAAGUAAUGUGAAGAAACCAUACAGUAAAACUUUCAUUUCAUGCAGCAAAUGUUGCAUGUUUGACCUAGGUCCUGAGGUGGGUAUAGCAGUGAAUUUCAAAGUUCUUGAUCCUGUGGAGUUACCAUUUUGCAGAUAGAUGGAAAAUAAAUAAAUAAAUAAAUAUCAGGUAUUGACACGCUAUGAAGAAAAGUAGGGUGUGAGGAUGUGAGGAGGAGACUUGUGGCUUUAUUCUUGAGAGAUUGGGCAAGGAAGCUACUGUCUCUGAGGAAGUGACAUUCCAGCAGAGAUGUUAAUGAAUUAAGAAAGGGGGCCAUGCAAGUAUCUGAGGGUAAAAUGUUCCAGGCAGAAGGAGCAGUGGUGCAAAAACCAUAAGGGAGGAAAGAGUGGCUUUUUUGAGAACUAACCAGAACCGAGGGGGCUAGAAUGGUAGAAGGUGAAGUCUGAGGGGUGGUAGUUAGCCACGGGCCUCGUGUUGUAGGACUGAGCAGGGGAUUUUGCUCUGGUUUUCUUUUCAUAAAGAUCCCUCGAUAGAAUGAGGGGCAGAGGGGGAACAGAAAAUGAAGGCAAGGGACGAAACAGUAAGAGACCUUUGCAGUGGCAGUCUGUGUGAAUUACAGUGGUGGCUUGGACAAGAGCAGUAACAGAGGUGGGAGAAAGUGGUCAGAUUCAGAAUAUUAUUUUACAGAUCCAGCCAACAAGACUUGAUGAUGGAUUAGAUCUGGGAUCUGAAAGAAGGAUCAACUGGAUGAAUGAUGGCACCAUUUACUGAGAUGAAAAAGACUGCGAAAGGAUUGGCUUGAAAGGGGGGAAAUUAAGAGUUUCCUUUUGGACAUAAAAAUGCUUGGACAGAAGAGAUGAGUACUAUUUCCACUAAGGCCUAGAAUUGCCUACUGUACAAAUAGUCCUGAUCAGGCAAUAUACGAAUGGCCCAAGGAAGCCACCAAAUUGAUUUUCAGGUUUUACAUGACCUGCGACAAAAAUUCCCUGAAGUACCUGAAGUUGUUGUAUCCAGGUGCAUGUUACAGAAUAAUAACAACCUGGAUGCCUGCUGUGCAGUUCUCUCUCAGGAGAGUACAAGGUAUCUUUAUGGUGAGGGAGACUUGAACUUCUCGGAUGACUCUGGAGUUUCUGGCCUACGCAAUCACAUGACUUCUCUCAACUUGGACUUGCAGUCGCAGAAUGUUUACCACCAUGGGAGAGAAGGACAUCGAGUGAACGGAAGCAGGACUCUGACGCACAGCAUUAGUGAUGGACAACUUCCAGGUGGUCCGGCCAAUAACGAGCUAUUUCAGCAGGAGCCACAGACAGCACCAGCUCAAGCUCCUCAAGGCUUUAACGUUUUUGGAAUGUCUAGUGCAUCGGGUGCUUCAAAUUCAGCACCACAUCUUGGAUUUCACUUAGGCAGCAAAGGAACAUCUAGCCUUUCUCAGCAAACUCCCAGAUUUAAUCCCAUUAUGGUGACGUUAGCCCCAAACAUCCAGACUGGUCGUAACACUCCUACAUCUUUGCACAUACAUGGUGUACCUCCCCCUGUACUGAACAGUCCACAGGGAAAUUCUAUCUAUAUUAGGCCUUAUAUUACGACUCCUGGUGGUACAGCUCGACAGACACAACAGCAUUCUGGCUGGGUAUCUCAGUUUAAUCCUAUGAACCCUCAACAAGUCUAUCAGCCUUCACAGCCUGGCCCCUGGACUCCUUAUCCUGCGUCUAGUCCUAUGUCACAUACCUCAGCCCAGCAGCCAAACCAGCAAGGCCACCAGACCUCUCACGUCUACAUGCCCAUCAGUUCACCUACUACUCCACAGCCACCGACCAUUCAUUCAUCUGGGAGCUCCCAGUCUUCUGCCCAUAGCCAAUACAACAUUCAGAACAUUUCGACAGGACCUCGAAAAAACCAGAUCGAAAUCAAACUUGAACCCCCACAAAGAAACAGCUCUUCAAAAUUGCGUUCCUCUGGACCUCGAACCUCCAGCAGUUCCUCUUCGGUCAACAGCCAGACCUUAAAUAGAAAUCAGCCCACUGUUUACAUAGCUGCCAGUCCCCCAAAUACUGACGAGAUGAUGUCCCGUAGUCAACCUAAGGUCUACAUUUCGGCCAAUGCCGCCCCAGGAGAUGAACAGAUCAUGAGGAAUCAGCCCACCCUCUUCAUAUCCACAAACUCCGGAGCAUCUGCCGCCUCCAGGAACAUGUCUGGGCAAGUGAGCAUGGGUCCUGCCUUUAUUCACCACCACCCUCCCAAAAGCCGAGCAAUAGGCAAUAACUCGGCAACUUCUCCUCGAGUGGUGGUCACUCAACCCAAUACAAAGUAUACUUUCAAAAUUACAGUUUCUCCUAAUAAACCCCCUGCAGUUUCACCAGGGGUGGUGUCCCCUACCUUUGAACUUACAAACCUUCUAAACCAUCCUGAUCAUUAUGUAGAAACAGAGAAUAUUCAGCACCUCACGGACCCUACUUUAGCACAUGUGGAUAGAAUAAGUGAAGCACGGAAGUUGAGUAUGGGAUCUGAUGAUGCUGCCUACACUCAAGCUCUGUUGGUACACCAGAAGGCCAGAAUGGAACGACUUCAAAGAGAACUUGAGAUUCAAAAGAAAAAGCUGGAUAAACUAAAAUCUGAGGUCAAUGAAAUGGAAAAUAAUCUAACUCGAAGGCGCCUGAAAAGAUCAAAUUCCAUAUCCCAAAUACCUUCACUCGAAGAAAUGCAGCAAUUGAGAAGUUGUAAUAGACAACUCCAGAUUGACAUUGACUGCUUAACCAAAGAAAUUGAUCUUUUUCAAGCCCGAGGACCACAUUUUAAUCCCAGCGCUAUUCAUAACUUUUAUGACAAUAUUGGAUUUGUAGGUCCUGUGCCACCAAAACCCAAAGAUCAAAGGUCCACCAUCAAAACACCAAAGACUCAAGACACAGAAGAUGAUGAGGGGGCUCAGUGGAAUUGUACUGCCUGUACUUUUUUGAACCAUCCAGCCUUAAUCCGCUGUGAACAGUGUGAGAUGCCAAGGCAUUUCUGAGCCAGAAGGCCCUAUAUCUCUAAAACCACAUCUGAAGUUCAAGAAACUAGUCUGUCAUCAGGGGAAAAGUUUCACUGCUACAUAGGAUUUUGUCAAAUUAAAGGUGUGACAGGAUGGUGUUGUGCUAAUGGUAAAUGUCAGCCCACAGAGCUAAUAAUACCUCAGUCUAAUGUCAUGGGCAGUUGAAAUUCAUCACAUGAAAGGUAAUCUGCUGAAAGACUUGGUUGCCCGCUGCCUAACCAUGUACAGUGUUACCAGUAGCCCGUUAUGGAUAAUUCUCAAUCUAUUAAUGCCUAGGUGUUCCCAGUACCUUUUCCCCCUCAUGUCACUACUGAAUUUUGACAGGAGGAAGGAAUAGAACGAUCGCUUUUUUUUUUAAAGCUUUCGGUGAAACACUACAAACAUGAAGAAAAGGAACAAGGUUUAACUAUUUAAAAACUGUUUGCUGCCGCAUGGUGCCAAUGGAUGGGGGAAGAACUUCAUGAAUCUGUGGUACUCUUGGCCUUGUCUUUGUCUUCCCUGAAAACGUCUCCACUCUGUGAAGCCAGCAUCUGGGCUCUAAAGAUGAAAAGGAAAGCAGCAUGCAUUGUCUGUACAAACAUGCAGUGAAAUAUCCCAAAGCUUUUCCUACUGUACAGAUCUCUCGAGUCUGCUUUAAGUGAUUUCUUUUCUUCUUUAUUAUUUUCUUAUAUUUCUAUAUGUAUAGUGUAAUAGUCUUUUGUUAACUAAUUUUCUUUUUUCCUUUUAGUGAUUAAGCACGAUCAUGUCCCUUUUUAAGCCUUACCUGAGAGAAGCAAUGCCUUAAAAUAAAAAAAAAAGCAUUAACGAAAUGAAGCUGUGCACAAAAUAACCUUCCUCUACUCACUCUGUACUUUGCCCUCAUGAGUGCCGAUGUUCUGUGAAGACAUUCAGAUGCUGCCCAGUGAAUUGCAGGAAAUAUUCCAAGACUUACGUCGAUAAGUCACACUAUCUGUACUGACUUCGGCAGUGGGUGGCACAACGGUGUUUGAUCUCCCACGGGGAAGCUUAAAACAAAAGGUAUUUUUAACCCACUGACAGAGCAACAAGGUUGAGCUUGCUCCACCUGCCUGGUGUCCCACAGAACUCUCACGGGAGAUUACGAUCGGGAAAGUACAGUUUGCAAAACCAGCAACAGCGGCCGUACCUACAGCCCUGGUGUGGGGAGAAGUUUCAAUGCUUUACUGUCGGGGCAGUCCGUUUCUAAACCUGACUUGGUGGCAGUAUCAUGCGUAUUUAUAAAACGAGGCUAGUCAUAUUUAGGACAACUGAAGGAAAGCUGGAAAAAAGAAAAACAAGCAAACUUGAACACUGAAGCAACCUCAAGCAUCUCUUUAUUUUGAUGAUCUAUUUUUAUAAGGAAAAUAAAUAUUCAGAUGAUCGGGAAUGUAUAUAACUAAAUGAAAUCAAGAAAAAGAAAUAACAGUAUGCAUUUAAGAGCAGAAUUAUGAAAUUAUCUAUCAGUGCUUAGAACGGGGCUAAGGGAAGUGCUGAAAUGUAGCAAAAAGGUAGGAGAUAAUGUUGACUGUCACCCAUUAUAAAUGUCUGCAAAUGGAUAUUUUUUAAAUAGGCAGGAUUAUUACAGGUGAUCUGUAUGAAUGUCAGAGCCUCGACUUCCGGGCUUUGCAUCUUGUAUAUGGGAAGAAAUAGGACAAUCCUAGUUAAUUAGCCCAUAGACCCAAAGCCCUUACAUUUGAUACGUUUUGUUUUAAAACUAGGCCUUGUUUUUCAGCUUCAUCUACAGUUCUAUGUGAAGAUUGAUAAAUCAGUUUUUACUUGUUUUAUUAAUAAAACGUAAUUUGGAUAUCUUGAGUUGAUGGUUUUGUGAUUUAGCUGGGUAAACUAUCUUUGUAACAGAUAAGUUAUUUAUAAAAAUUAAAAAACUUAUAUUCUAAUGUGGAUUUUUGUGACUUGUUUCUAAAGUUUGUGGGACAGAAGACAGUUUCUACCCCAGCCGAACAUUUGAUAGUUAAUUGACAUCAGAGAGAACUCAUUCCCUAGAGUCUUCUCGUGACAGAUGGCAUUCAACUGCAUUUCUUGGAUGAUUUUUCGCCAUUUCCUCAGGCUUCUUCACUAAUGAAAGAAAGCGACCCUGUUUCAACUGAGCCAAAAACAAUGUAAUACUGCUUCUUUUUCGUAGUUACUGCUUUUCCUUUCAUUUCUUUUUGGGUUUUUACCGUUUACCUCAUUGGAAGCGUGAUAUCUUGGGCCAUUAGGCCGGAGGAGUCCCUUAGUAUCUACUUUAUCCCAUAAUGUGUAGGUGCUGGGGAUCCCAGUGGUGCUUCUCUUGAAGAGAAUCUCUAUAUUAAGACUUUCCGAAAAAUAUAACUUGGUUUUUCUGAGUAUGAAAAAAAGAAAGUAGCGUUUGCUGAUCUCUUUAUGUCGUAACCAUAGAAAGCCCUGCCUUGCCUCGACUGGUGUUUUAAACCUAGUGAGACAGAAAUACCCUUUGCCAAGGAAUAUGAGGCCUGGACUUGCUGGUGGUCUGGAAACCACCUUCAAGAAUUACUGCACUAAAAUAGAAUUACGGACACUAAGAACCUCAGAUGGAAAGAUGGACUUCUGUUUCUCAUCACUGUUAUCCUUGGGUGUUGACGUUCUCUUAUUUAAAGGUGAGGUGGGCAAUUAGUUCGGGGAGCCUGGAUUUCUCAGAAAAGCUUAUAUUAACAGAAUAGUGGCCAGUAUAUGCUCUUAUAACUAAUACAUUAUGCAAAGAUGCAUGUCAUAUUGCAGGUUUUUGUGAAAAGUAUGAACAUUAAUUUUUCUUUUAAAAUUUACAUUUACUUUAAAAAAAUUUUUUUUUUUUUUUACAUUUAUUUAUUUUUGAGAGACAGAGAGACAGCGCAAGCAGGGGAGGGGCAGAGAGAGAGAAGGAGACACAGAAUCAGAAGCAGGCUCCAGGCUCCGAGCUGUCAGCACAGAGCCCAACGCGGGGCUCAAACCCACGAACCGUGAGAUCGUGACCUGAGCUGAAGUCAGACGCUCAACCGACUGAGCCACCCAGGCACCCCCCCGUUUACUUUUUUAAGUGACCAAUCUAGAUGAAUCUGCAGUCUAAUAUUGACUUUAUAUUGGAGAGUUGAAAUUGUGCAGAGAAUCAUAUCCAUAGGUAGUCAAAACUAUGUUAGUUAUUAACUUUAAACGUAUUUUAAAGCAUUUUUAAACCGCAGACUUCCCUGACAUUUCAUCAUACCUCUAUCCCAGUUAAAUGUUGACGGGACAGUCCAGUGAGCAGUGAUGGGUUUAAGAAGUGAAUGGUGUAAGCUAUCAUAUUCAGUCCCUGAGUGAUUGAAGUUGGCUGUAUUGCCUUAGAAAAUGAUGUUAAAUCUGUAGUGGCACUGAAGGCCGUUCCAGAUGUAAUACCUUCAUGCUGGGUGUUAGCAUAACUUCCCUUAUGAUAUUACAAAAUACUUCUAUUUCUCUGUGACAAACAUAUUUUUGACUCCAGUUCUUAGAAGCUACAAUUAUUAUAUCCAUAUUACUUGAAGAUGAAAUGGUUUGAGGCUGCAUUUUAGUUUUUAUUGCUUCCAUCUGAAGUAAAGCAACUGAGAGAAAAGACUUCUAAAGAAAACACAAUUUUGUAGCUUUAUAUUUGUUAAAGGAGGAUUUUCCAACCCUCAGUGUGCAAUAGACUGGGUUUGUUUUUUUGUUUUGUUUAAGAGAAUGUAGUUAAUCAUACAGAAAUGCUUGCUGUAAUACCUUGUCUUUGCAACUAUACAUUUCUUCCUAUAUUCUAGGUUCAAAAAUAGAACUGCCCUGUUAUAAUGGUUGAUUGACUUACCUAGUUCUUUAGAAAGGUUGUGAAAGCACUUGGAGGCUAUUGAUUUUUUUAAUUUCGGUAUAGUUAACAUACAGUGUUCUAUUAGUUUCAGGGAUAAAA